AGCCAAGGCACUGAGAUAUAGAAAAACCAACCAUUGGGUGAACACAACUGCUCACAACGACCCCUCACACCUGUAGGUUCAGUUCUCCAGGCUCAUUUCUUCGGAGCGCUGUAUUUUGGAGUGCUAUAUUUUGUCUCGUGAUUUCUAAAUCCAAGUGAUACUUUCAGAAAUAUUUUGAGUUAGGGUUAGAGUUAGUAUUCUUUUCAGCAAUCUUUUUUGUUGUUUUUAAAUUUUGAGUGUCCUCUGCGAGUCAUUAGUUAUUUUUUGUUUCACAAGUGUGUUUGGUCGUGAAACACUUGCACCAUGUCGACCGCUAUAGAAGCAACCGGUUUCUUGAUGUGUGUAACAAGCUGGCUGAUCAAUGGUGCUGCGCUCGCUAACGAUUACUGGAAGGUGUCCACCGUCUCUGGGAGCGUCAUCAUCUCUAACCGGCAAUUUGAGAACCUGUGGCACGCCUGUGCAGAAAGCAGCUCUGGCAUCGCUGAGUGUCGGGACUUUGAAUCUCUGCUAGCCUUGCCUGGACACAUUCAGGCAUGCCGUGCGCUGAUGAUCCUCUCCUUACUCCUGGGUCUGGGCUGCAUGAUCGUGUCACUUCUGGGGUUAAAGUGCAUUAAGAUUGGCUCGGCUACCGAGCCAACCAAGGGCAAGGUUGCCUUUGGCGGCGGCCUUAUGGCCAUUCUUUCUGGUCUCUGUACUAUGAUAGCAGUGUCUUGGUACGCCACAAGAGUGGUGGAAGAUUUCAACAAUCCAUUUUUCGGAGGCGUCAAGUUUGAGCUUGGCACUGGCCUCUUCAUGGGCUGGGGAGCAUCCUCGCUUGCCAUUCUAGGUGGAAGCCUUCUCUGUUGUGCCUGUAAAAGGGCCUCUGCUGGAAAACCAAAAGCGGGUUACUACUCACAGACCCAGAAUCAGAGGAUUUAUACUUCCAAUACCAAAUCUGAACCUGACUCAUCCAAAGCUUACGUCUAAGACCACACCCCUCCUUUUACCAUGCUUUGCUACAUUUACUACACAUGAAGGAUCACCUUCCUUGUUUUUGGUACCCCCAUUUUGUCUUUAUAACACAUAGAAUUUUUUAGGGUUUUGAGGUUGAUGUAAAAUUGAGGAAAUAUUUGAAAUUAAUUUUGAAAUGUGAUCAGUUUGUGUGGAAUUUGUGAUCUUCUUAAUAAACUUUUUAUUGUA